GGGUAAUUUCAUUGGCGCUGAGGCCGCUCAUCAAUCUCAGGCGAGCUCUGUUUAUCAAAUUCAGCUUCCAAUCAGGACCACAUGUAGUCACAUUACCGAUUAGAGCCGGACCGAUAACGAGUUUUGGGGCUGAUACCAAUAGUCACAGCCAGGAGGACCCAUGCCUGCCACUGCCUGAACAAAACAGGAAGGAGGCGUUAUUUUCCCAGGUCACUAUUCACAGGUAACGGUGGAACAACUAGAAUAACUCAACAAUGAAAAGAAGGAGAACCCAGUCGAUGGAGGAGGCUGAGAAAGAGGGACUUCAGACAGCUCAGAACCGCCUUUAUAUCUACUAGAUCGGUCCUCAGAGGAGAGCGGAGCUGCUGAGGUGCCCUAAUGAAGCCGGCUGCAACACACUGGACGAGACAACACAGGCGAGGUGGACAGGAUCCUACUUUCUGCGAUGGCGUCUUCUGUUUGUUAGACUUUCUGCAUGUAUACACGCGCAACUGCGACCGACGAGGAGAGGACAGAUGGAGGAGCGGCCGUGAAGAAGAGGAAGAAGAAGAAAGAAAGAAAGAAAGAAAGAAAGAAAGGAAGAAAGAAAGGAAGGAAGAAAGAAAAGAAACAACCACCCCCACCUGUGGAUCGAUUGAGUUUGAACGGGGGUCGAAGCAGCUGCGCAGGAGGCUCGAGUACAACAGAAAAGUAACAUUUUACAUUAAAGUAACGCCUCUGCUCGUCUGAAACUACCUGGAUACAUCAUUCACACUCACCUGUUGGGAGCGUCGGUCCAGCUUUGAAUAAAAACAACAACAAGAGAAACCCUGCAGUGAAGCCAUGGCUGAAGCUCCAAAAGGUUGCAACCCCGGCAUCAGCUUCAUAUAUUACAACCUGUGUGACCUGACCACAGUGUGGGGGAUUGUGGUGGAGGCCGUCGCUGCAGCCGGUGUGGUGACCUCCUUUGUCCUGUUCAUCAUCCUCAUGGCCUCGUUACCCUUUGUGACGGACAAGAAGAGGAAGGGUAUGGUGGCCCUGCAGGCGGGCAUCCUCAUCUUCACUCUUGGACUCUUUGGACUCACUUUUGCCUUCAUCGUGGGUCGAUACUCCACCAGCUGUGCGGCACGGAGGUUCCUCUUUGGAGUACUGUUCUCAGGAUGUCUAGCCUGCCUGUUGAUGCACGGGUUGUGGCUUGCGCUGCUGCGGCGGCGAGGCCGCGGGCCCAGGAGCUGGAUGCUGUGCACGGGAGCCCUGGGCCUGUGGCUGGUGGAGGUGAUCAUCAACACCGAGUGGCUCAUCAUCACCGUGGUCCGGAGCCCGGCCGAGGUCGCCAUCCCCGACCUGUCCUGCAGAAUCGCCAACCAGGACUUUGUGCUGUCUCUGAUGUACGUGAUGGUUCAGCUGGUAGCUGUGGUGCUGAUGCCCAUUCCCUCGCUGACACACAAGCACAAGCAGUGGCGGCGAGAUGGAGCCUUCAUCCUCCUCACAGGGCUCUUCACACUGGCUAUCUGGGUCGCAUGGAUCGUCAUGUACAUCCAUGGGAACACAGCGGCUGGGCAUCCCACCUGGGACGACCCUACUCUGGCUGUAGCUGUGGUGUCAAACGCCUGGGUGUUCCUCUUCCUCUACACCAUCCCAGAAAUCUGCUUGCUGACCGUGGAGGACCCGGACCAGGAGGAGCCACAUGAUGGAGACGUCUAUCCUGCCAGGAGCCUAGUUUACGAAAACAUCCUGAAAGAGCCGGCGCCGCCCCAGCAGAACAUCUACAUUGAGAAUAAAGCCUUCACUAUGGACGAGACUCCGACAGAACCCACAAAGCCAGUGUCUCCAUAUGGUGCCUACAAUGGUCAGCUACGAAGUGGCGUGUACCAGCCCACUGAAAUAGCCCUGAUCGCCAAGGGCCUGACUAAGAUGGACCAGGACGCAAUGCUCCCUCGAGCCAGAGCCCCGUCCUUGAUUCCAGGAAGUGGCAGCUCCCUGCCUCGCUCAGUUGAGUCCUUUCCCCCCUAAGGACCAACACAUGCUGGACCUCACAGUUCCAAGUAUCAACUGCUCGCCUGUUCUGUAUGCACAAGGAGUGUCACAAAUCAAAUGUUAAAACGACACCAACAAUAUCAAGACAAGGGCAGUGUACGAAGGAUAAUGUAUACAGAGCAGCCAGCGAAGUGCCUCCGUUUAAUUUCCAUUCUCGAUUUUCAGGCAACUAGCGCCUUAGAGGUUUUGACUUUCAGCUAUAAACCAACUUGCAGCUUCACUCCUUGGACUCGUAAAAAAUCAUAAAGAGUGUAGACAUGUAUGUAGCUCUAUAGGGAAGCUUUUACUUUCCAACAACUGUUCUAUUUAAAAUCGAAAUCUAAAAGGUGACUUAUUUAUACAUUUUUAGCUGCCACAUGAACCACAGUAGGCUGAUUUUGGAGCAACAGUAGUAAUAGAUACAGAGAGAUUAAAGGUCUAUUAUUUGACUGUUGCAUAUCACUGUUCAUCGAUGUGCACUGAAAGUUCUCACCAGUGCCUUUCUAUCAUAAAUACGUUGCAUGGAAUUGAUUGUAAAACAUUAUGUUGUAAUUCAGACUUCCUGUGAAAGCCAUAUGAUUUUGUAGCGUCUUUAUAAGAAUGUGAUUUUAUGUAAAAGGUAUAAAUUCUAACUUAUUAAACCCGUCGAGGUUACGAGA